UUACAGGUAACCAAUUUCAUAUGAUGGACGCAUCAAAUGGUUCCGCAAAUUUCGAAGAAAUCAACUCUUUCUUCGAUUCCGCCCCGUCUCUAAAGGAUGGUGAAGCAAUCAAAAGAAAAGUCGAAGAAUUCCUGGAAGGAAGAGCCAAUAGAGUUGUAUGCGUGACAUCUGGCGGUACAACCGUACCUUUGGAACAACGAUGCGUUCGUUACAUUGACAAUUUCAGCUCUGGUCAUAGAGGAGCUGCAUCCACAGAGUAUUUUCUGAAGGCUGGAUAUGCUGUGGUAUUUCUUUAUCGUCGAGGAACUUGCCAGCCGUAUUGCAGGUCUCUUCCAGACGAUCCAUUGCUCGAGUGUUUUGAAGUUACUAAUGGAUCAAAUGUGACAGUGAACCCAAUACAUGCGAAAACAGUCGAGGGAGCCAUCAUUGACAAUCAUUUGGCAGUUACGAGAGGCACUUUGCUGAAACUUCCCUUUACAACAAUUUUUGAGUAUCUUCAGAUUUUGCAGUUGAUUGCGCUGUCAAUGAGGAGCCUUGGGCCAAGUGCUUUAUUCUAUCUUGCUGCUGCUGUUUCUGAUUUUUACGUUCCUUGGGAGAGCAUGACGGUGCAUAAAAUACAAUCGAGCUCUGGACCUUUGGACAUGCGACUUGCUCAGGUCCCGAAGAUGCUUUCAGUGCUCCGGAAAGAUUGGGCUCCUCUCGCCUUUUGCAUUUCCUUUAAGUUAGAGACGGAUACGAAGAUUCUUGUGGACAAGGCUAAUAUGGCCCUUAAGAAAUACAAUAUGGAUAUGGUUGUAGCCAACGAGCUUUUGACACGCAAAGAGGAAGUUAUUGUCGUCACAAAGGGCGGAAACGUAAUUGUUCAAAGGGACAAGACUGAGUCCGGUGCUGACGUGGAAGACCCGCUUAUCAAACUCAUCGUGGACACUCAUUCUUCUUACAUUACUUCGAAACAAAUCGUUUGAUGUCCACGAAAUGGAAAUUAAAUUGUAAGUUUUGUUUUUAUUUCCUUUUUUAGCAUUCGCAAAAGUAAUAAAUAGUUCAUGUAUUAGAAUUUGGCCUACCUUUUACUGUAGAACUAUAAGAAUAAAAGCUUUUAUGUCAUUUUGGUCUUCUGUUUAAGUAA